GGUUGUAUCAACAUGAAGUGCUCUAGACCUUUCGUUUUGUUAAUACUGGCAGCGUUAUUUUACGCGACCUCUGGAAGCGAGGCUGAAGGAAAGAUUAAGCCCAGCAAGGUGCAGCCCAGAGGGUUAGGUAUUGGUGGUGGCGGCAAAGAGCUAGCUAACAGUGGCGGCAGCGAAGGAGGGAACUCUGGUGGAGGAGGAUUUGCGUCAUUACUAAAUAUUUGCAAAAAUGAAUCAUCAGUCAACAGCAACCCGUUUUUAUGCAUGAUAUGCAAGGGACCUUCAGGUAAUUGCUUCAAAUCUGGCGGCGGUGGUAGUUCUGGUGGGUCAGGAGGAUCUGGCGGAUCUGGUAGUGCUAGCAGUGCGGCUUCUGCUGCUUCUGCUGCUUCUGCUACCUCGUAAUCCUCAAAAUGAGAAAAAAUAAAUUUAUGG